UUGUUGCCCAUGACAUUUCUAACCAACAAAAGUAACUUGGCCUCAUUCUUGUGCACAAAACAGACUCAAUUUUUUUAAUCAUCCAAGCUUCAAACAAUGGCCUCCAUGAUAAUGACAGCCUCAUUCUUGGGUGGCUCAGCCGCAGCAGCCACCACCAAACAGCUCCCAAGCACCACCACCCGCUGUGGCAUGGUGGUGGUUAAGGCCUCCAAAGAUUCCCAUAAUGGAAGGAUGGUGGAAGAGAAUAAAAGCAGCACCAGAAGGGACUUGAUGUUUGCAGUGGCUGCUGCUGCUACAUGCUCCAUUGCCAAAGUUGCCAUGGCGGAUGAGCCCAAAAGGGGCUCCCUGGAUGCUAAAAAGAAGUAUGCACCUGUUUGUGUUACUAAUCCUACUGCACGCAUUUGUCGCAACUGAGAACAGGAAUUGCCAAUCUCUUUGUCUAAUAUCUCUCAAGUAUUAUAAGCAUCCAACUUUAUGCUUGUCCUUUGAUCAACUGCUUUAAUUUCAGCGCAAAGAAUCAAUUAUUAUGAACUACCAGAGUAUGUUGGGCUAAGUGCAAAUGUUACUUAUUUACUUUCA